UCAGAUUAAACUUAUUUAAAAAUCUUCCUCGAGCUAUUGUUCUGUGUUUUCGCCAUUUUCUACCAAACGACGAACCACAAUCUCCUCCAAAAAUGAUUCUUUUCUUAGUUAUUGCAGGGUUUCUUGCUGUUUUACCUCCCAUACACAAUUUAAAUGUCCCUGAGAUGGAUCAACAAUGCUUAGAAUGUAUUUGCAAAGCGACAAGUAACUGUGACGAAACCCUGAGAUGCCACGCUGCAGGAGGUGGAUACUUCUGUGGACCUUAUGCCAUAACAUGGGCUUACUGGCAUGAUGGAGGACGACCAGGUGACAAAGGAGGUCCUCAAGAUUUCGAACACUGCUUGACUAACAAGGCUUGCGCUCAACAGGCCGUGCGUGGUUACAUGAAGAGGUAUGGACGAGAUUGUGACAACAACGGGGUCAUCGACUGCUGGGAUUUUUCCCGUAUUCACAAGAUGGGAUUUGGACAGUGUUCAGACAACGCAGUCCUCCAGACAGAUUUCUACAAAAACUUCGCAACUUGCAUGGCUACUCCACCACCUCCACCCCCACCAAAGAAAACAUUACUUCCGAUUCAAUUGAACAUGUAUCAAUAUCUGUUCCUCAUCGUUUUUGCUGGCCUUGCAUUGGCCCAGCAACAACCACCGUCUAAAAAGAUACCUGAAAUGGAUCACCGGUGUCUCGAUUGCAUUUGCCAAGCCAGCAGCAACUGUGAUGAAACUCUCAAGUGCCAUACAGCGGGCAGUAGUUAUUUUUGCGGGCCUUAUGUUGUUUCUUGGGCUUACUGGCAUGAUGGGGGUAGACCAGGAGACAAAGGAAGGGCUCAUGAUUUUGAAACAUGCUUAAACAACAGGACUUGCGCAGAGGAAGCUGUACGAGGCUACAUGCGCAAAUAUGGACAGGAUUGCGACGCUAACCAGUACAUAGAUUGCUGGGAUUUCGCACGCAUUCACAAGUUGGGAUUCGGAGCCUGUGGCGGAAAUGAAAUCGUCGAUACAGACUAUUUCCAGAAAUUUGCUAUAUGCUAUGACCCACAAGGAGAUUUGGGAGGAUCUUACGACUAUGGCGAUGAGCAAAUACAAGCUCGUAGUGGCGCUGGGUACGCCAGACUCCAGCCAGGCCAAUAUUGAUUGGUUUGAGGGAUCAUCAGACAUUACACCAACCAAUUAUUUUUUAUAAAAAUUGAAUUUAUUUCAGAAUUCGAUUUUUAUGACUUAGUUGGUGUAUUGAACCGAUUUCGAUUAUAUGAUUUGGAAAGGUACCCCAUUUUUGGUGGUGUUAUUUUAAAAUAUUUUCAUGCACAACUCAUUGUAUAGGAAGGCAUUUUAACUGUCAUUAAAAAUGGAUUAUUUUCUGUA